GCUACUGACUCCCACGGGCCACGGUGUUUCCUUUUGUUUCCUUCUUUUGGUUUCCUAUUCCUAUUCUUCUUCUAAUCUGGAAUAAUAGAAUCCGAUGAAGCUACUCUUGUGAUGCCUCACUGGCCACCUACCACCGCACUCGCCAUAGGCAUAGGACUAUAAAACCGGAGGCUAUUUUCUCGUUGCCACUCACCCGUCCCAUGUCCAUGUCUGCCUCUACUCCUUCACCUAUGUCUUCUCUUUUGACUGAAGAGUCUCCACACACUCCUGAACCUUCCCGUUCGACCUCGUCCCUAUUACACGCACACGCAUCUCCGUUAGCUGACUUUAGGGGCCACAAAGACGAAGAACAUCAGGCUCCCGUCACCGUCCAGGCCAUAGCGUCCGACGUCCCUUUUGAUAAAGAGGUUGAAGGUGAUGAUAUUUCAGUGGAUCAGUUGCUUCCUACCACGCCCGCUGUGCACACUAUUGGCCGGACCGGUUUUAGUCGGGAAAGUGUUUUCCUGAGGGUCGUUGUGAUGCAUCUGUACGCAGCUCGGUGCAUGCUGACUCUCACCCAAAACUGCCUCCAAAUGGCACAUAUAAUUCCUGUUAGUGCUCCGGCUAACUUUCUCAGGUUUCUGGAACGUGUCUUGGGUGACGAACCUAGAACAUUAAAUAGACACUCCUCAAGGAACAUUUGGCUAUUGGAUGCAUCGAUGCACUAUAACAUCGAUAAAGGUCUCAUGAAACUUGUUCCCACAAUAGAAAUUCUAGAGAAAAUCAGGAAAUUCACGCGGCUCAUAUCUGAGAUUCGUAUUCGACGACUUGAACACGAAUAUAAUGUCAAGAUAGUUAAGAUGGGUGGUGAUUUCAAAGCUGUCUUCCCGAAAGACGCCGAUUGGAAUACAGCGACCAAUGUAAGACAAAAGGAGCGGAAUGCACGUUUGGAUGCCCUCAUGGAAGAAGACUUGGAGUUACACAGAAGCAAAGUUCUCCCACCUGCCUUGUAUCCAUAUAUCGUUAUUGGGAUUCGUUGCCAUGAGGAGUAUUCAUUUUAUCGCCAGGUUGUGAAUGUCAACAUGGUCAGUGAUGGCACCCAGAAACCGUUCCAAAAUCCUCUCAAAAUUCCUAAUGACAUGUUGCAAAAGCAACAAGUUGACAAGUUUCGACGACCCACCACAUUUCCUUUCCUCCGAGGCAUUAAAGGCGAGAAGAAGAAGUUCGAGAUCAUUGAUCCGCUCGAGUACGACGAGGAAAGGGAGCUUCUCCUUGGACAAGAUCCUUGUCUUGUCUUAGCAAAUGUUGGCGAGUUUCUUUCUGUUACUCGAGAGCGCCUGCAGCAAGACGGGGAAGCGCUAGACAUGUCCGAGCUUGUCCGCGACGAGGUUCAUCAGGAACAUUUACAAGUUACCCUGGACACCUACAUGCAGUGGGAAACUGACGACAAGCGCAUACUCAGUAUCCAAGGUACCCUGGAAAAACGAACCCAAACUCAGACAGCGGCUGCUCGGUCCCGGAAAUCUAGGAAGACAACGUCCACACACUCGUACGGUUUGCGCUCGGUCGUCGACGGGCUGAUGGCUAAUGCUCCGAAACGCCCUGUGCCAGGCGUUAAUUUGGAUGAUCCCAAAUUGAGCCGAGAAUACGUUCCGUCCAGGGAUGGCGAACUUCCUUCACCAUCUGCUCGUGGUUCGCGUCGGGGUUCUCAGCGCGGGGGGCAGGCAACGCUACUAGGCAUGUCGGGGUGGACAGGAGCUGCCAGAGAUGGGCCAGGUCCAUCAAAUCCGUAGGAGCGUUACUUUAUAAAUGGUCUCUGUGUUAGAGUCAACUCCCGCUCUCAGCUUUUCAAUCUUCUUAUGUAUGAACAAUCA